AGUUUCUUGUCCCUCCGCGCGGCCCGUUCUGCCUCCGCUCCUGAGACCUUUGGGCUGACGUGUCUGCAGUUUGUCGGCAGCUCGGCGAGUAGGGCCGAGAUGGCGGACGCCUGGGAAGAGAUCAGGCGGUUGGCGGCUGACUUCCAAAGGGCGCAGUUCGCAGAGGCCACACAGAGGUUGUCAGAGCGGAACUGCAUUGAGAUUGUAAAUAAAUUGAUUGCUCAGAAGCAGCUAGAAGUAGUUCACACACUUGAUGGGAAAGAAUAUAUUACUCCAGCCCAAAUUAGUAAAGAAAUGAGAGAUGAGCUACAUGUUCGAGGUGGUCGUGUGAACAUUGUUGAUCUGCAACAGGUAAUUAAUGUGGAUCUGACUCAUAUUGAAAAUAGAGUUGGUGACAUCAUUAAAUCAGAAAAACAUGUUCAACUAGUGUUGGGACAAUUGAUAGAUGAGAACUAUUUGGAUCGGUUAGCAGAAGAGGUAAAUGAUAAAUUACAAGAAAGUGGUCAGGUAACCAUAUCAGAACUAUGUAAAACCUAUGAUCUUCCUGGAAACUUUCUGACACAGGCACUAACUCAGCGACUAGGUAAAAUUAUUAAUGGACACAUUGAUCUUGAUAACAGAGGAGUAAUAUAUACUGAAGCUUUUGUAGCUAGACAUAAAGCACGCAUCCGUGGGCUGUUCAGUGCUAUUACCCGGCCUACACCAGUGAAUUCUUUGAUUUCAAAAUAUGGAUUUCAGGAACAACUUCUUUACUCUGUUCUUGAGGAACUUGUUAAUAGUGGACGCUUACGAGGCACCGUGGUUGGUGGAAGACAGGAUAAGGCGGUGUUUGUCCCUGACAUUUACUCCAGAACACAAAGUACUUGGGUAGAUUCUUUUUUCAGGCAGAAUGGCUAUCUAGAAUUUGAUGCUUUGUCCAGACUUGGAAUCCCAGAUGCUGUGAGUUACAUAAAGAAAAGAUAUAAGACUAUACAGCUCUUGUUCUUAAAAGCAGCUUGUAUUGGUCAAGGACUUGUGGAUCAGGUGGAAGCAUCAGUAGAGGAAGCCAUCAGCUCUGGAACAUGGGUUGAUAUUGCUCCUCUGCUACCCAGUUCCUUGUCAGUUGAAGAUGCUGCGAUACUGCUUCAACACCUGUUGAGAGCACUCAGCAAACAGACUUCAGCUGUAGUCUUUAGUGACACUGUUGUAGUCAGUGAAAAAUUUAUAAAUGACUGUGUAGAAUUGUUCAGUGAACCGAUGCACCAAAAAGCUGAAAAGGAAAUGAAAAAUAAUCCUGUUCAUUUAAUCACUGAAGAAGAUUUGAAACAAAUCUCCAGUUUAGAAAGCACUAAUACAAAUAAAAAAGAUAAAAAAGAUGAACGAAGGAGGAAAGCAACAGAGGGCAGUGGAAGUGUGAGAGGAGGAGGUGGUGGCAAUGCCAGAGAGUACAAAAUUAAAAAAAUCAAGAAGAAAGGAAGAAAAGAUGACGAUAGUGAUGAUGAGUCAUCUCACACUGGAAAGAAGAAACCAGAGAUCACUUUUAUGUUCCAAGAUGAGAUUGAAGAUUUUUUAAGAAAACAUUUACAAGAUGCCCCUGAGGAGUUUAUUUCUGAACUUGCCGAGUACUUAAUAAAACCACUAAAUAAAACUUAUCUUGAAGUGGUACGUUCAGUAUUCAUGUCUUCAACUUCUUCUGCCUCUGGAACUGGCAGAAAGCGCACAAUCAAGGACUUGCAAGAAGAGGUUUCAAACCUUUACAAUAAUAUUCGAUUAUUUGAAAAAGGGACCAAGUUCUUCACAGAUGAUACCCAGGCUGCUCUUACCAAGCACUUACUGAAGACAGUAUGUACUGAUAUCACUAAUCUCAUUUUCAACUUCUUAGCUUCGGAUUUAAUGAUGGCAGUGGACGAUCCUGCAACCAUUACAAGUGAAGUAAGAAAAAAAAUUCUAAGUAAAUUGUCAGAAGAAACUAAAGUAGCUCUCUCAAAACUCCAUAGCUCUCUGAAUGAAAAGAGCAUAGAAGACUUUCUUUCUUGCCUGGAUUCUGCAGCAGAAGCUUGUGAUAUUAUGUUGAAAAGGGGAGACAAAAAAAGGGAAAGGCAGAUACUGUUCCAGCAUCGACAAGCACUGACUGAACAACUAAAAGUCACAGAAGAUCCUGCUCUUAUUCUGCACCUCACAUCAGUUCUAUUGUUUCAGUUCUUGACCCACAGCAUGCUUCAUGCACCCGGAAGAUGUGUCCCACAGAUCAUUGCUUUCCUGAGUAGUAAAAUUCCAGAGGAUCAGCAUACCCUUUUAGUAAAGUAUCAAGGUUUGGUUGUAAGGCAUUUACUUAGUCAGAAUAAGAAGACUGGGCAGGGAGAAAAUUCCUUGAGUGAUGAAUUAGACAAAGAACAAGAAGAUAUCACAAAUACUACUCGUAAAGAGCUUCAAGAACUUUCUUCAUCCAUUAAAGACCUUGUUCUCAAAUCGAGGAAAUCAUCAAUGACAGAAGAAUAAUGAUUUUAAUUUACUUAAUGUUGUAUAGUAGACAUUUUUUGCCCAAAGUUAAAGGUGAGUGGUUACCAAAAAAAAUAAUCAUUUCACAAGCCUCAGUCCCCUUAAUAGCACCUCCCACAUUCACGGUUUAGUUAAAACAGUAGCAUUGCAUUCACUGUAAAUCUUAUAAAAAUGUGAAUUUUUGUAAAUUGAGUUCUCCAUGGAAGAUUUCUUUUUCACAUUAUAAUUCUAAAAAUUAUACAUUUCAUGUUUAUUUUCUUUUUAGAUGCUGAAUGAAGAAUAAAUUCUCUGAUAUUUUUCAUUUCUAGGAAAGGGCUCAUUUGUUGUGUUAUUGGAUUUCAAGUGACAUUAUUAUAUUUACACACAUUAGGCAGAAACUUAAAAAAAAAGCCCUUGGUGUCAGAAAUGAAAAGAGUGUAUUUUAAAAUUUAACGGAGAAUAUUUCAAACCUAAAAUACCAAAAUUUGCAAGAUAUUAUUACUAAGCCUUUACUUAUAGAGGGCCUCUCAUCUCCCCACAGGAGUGAACUUUUUUGUGGCUGAGGGUUUCAGGAUUACCUUUACAGGUGCAAAAGGACACCAGAGGGGCCCAUGCAUUGCUGCACCCUGUUCUAAAAUAAGAUACUAAUAAUAUUUAGAGAAAAAAUAUAAUUUACUACUCAUAGGAAUGUCACAUUAUAAUAACUAAAAAUUUAAUACAGAUAGUUUUCUUUAACUCAGUUUUCAUUUCCAGAUUUCAUUUUUUAUAUCACUAGUUACUCUAGCACCCUAUACUAUGCUGUAGGAGUAUCUAUAAGUACAUUUAAAUCAUUGAAACUUUUUUUUCAAAAUUGAAACCCUUAUUAAAAAGUAAGUAUUCUUGGAGUUCCCAUUGUGGGCUCAGCAGUAAGGAACCCAACUAGUAAUCCUAACAGUGUGGGUUCGUUUGGUAUCUGGCCUCACUCAGUGGGUUAAGGAUCUGGUGUUGCCAUGUCACAGAUGCAGCUCUCAGAUCUGGCAUUGCUGUGGCAUAGGCUUGGCAGUUCAGUCCCUGUCCUGGGAAUGUCCAUAUGUCACAGGUGCAGCCUAAAAAGCAAAAAGUAUUCUUGUUUUGUUAAGAUCAGUAGUUAAAAGGAACUAAAAUAGUUCCUUAGAGUAAUCAUUUCAGCCAAAUGAGCUUGAAGCAACAAUUUAUUGUGUACCAAAAAAGAACUUAAUUAUUUAAAAUCUCAAAUAUUAAAAAAACUUUUAUAUAAUUCCUUAUAACUAUGUUUUGAAAUGUUUGAAUACAAAGAUCAGUCUACCUCUAAUUCUAGACAAAGUAUUAAUAUUGACUGAAGUUAAUUUGCUAAGCUUUAUUAAAGUUGAUGGGAAUAUAAGAAAUUUAAAAAUAUUUUCUACUUGUAAUUUUCUAUUAAUAUAUUUUCUUAGGGGCAAAGGAAAAAAAAAGUGACAAAUCCUCUGUGACCAUAAACUCCAAAUAGUUUUAUUUAUUGAUUUAGCUUCCAAAAUGUUGAACACAAAACCUCAUUUUUUUAUUCACUCUUUAAGGACCUUAUCACUUAUGUUUCAAGAGAUACCAAAGUAAUCCACAUUUGUGUAAAACUAGGUCAUAGAAAAUGAAGCAGCUAAAAAAACCAUACUGUCCUAUUUUGUCUGCAUUAAAUUUUAUCAAAAUGGUUCUUAUUUUUCCACAGUAAAUAAGAGCAGUUUAUUGUUCUUGUAAAUAAAAUUAUGUAGCUGAUUUUGUAUGUAAAAAUCUAAUUUCAUUAAUAAUAUCAAAAUUGUUAAAAAAUUAUCUACUAUGAUCUUAAUGGGCAGAUUUAAGGAUGUUAUUUAAAAUAAAAUUACCUUGUGGUUUCUGUUAAAUUUUA